UGUUGCGUUACUUGCAUGUUUCACAAAAUGCUUGCACCUCACUCCACCGCUAAACGGAAAACCUGUGCAGAUGGCGCUCUGGACACCUUCGACUUCAACGUCGGCGUAUUCGACUACCCCAUCCCACCCCACAAGCGCGCUCGAGUUGUUGACCAGCACCACUAUUCGGCUAAAGAGUGGAGCUGGAGCUCCGCCAACCCCUCUUUUCCCUGCUUGCCUCCGACCUCCUUUCCAGACUAUCUGAACACCGUCGAAGGGCAUGUAGAUGACGAGCGGACCCGCGGUUUCUUUCCAACUGCGAUUGCUGGCACUGCUUUUGGAGUCAUGCCAGCAAAACGCCGACGCCCACGCCAGUCGUCAGAUGAGGAAAAUUGCAGAAUGUCGGACCUCGAAGGUCCCCAUUCCGCUCAAGUUAGCUCUUCAAGGUCCAAUAAGAAUAACCAUGGGACCUCAUCUCGUCGUCUGCCCUUUCCAGGAGAGAAUCCCCCUCGCUUGGCGGCCACUUGGCGCAAGACAACCUCCUCCAGAGGAGCGGAGAAUACUUUCAUGGUAGGAAUGCAAGGACCACCAAACUAUGCUACUGCUUCCCCGCCCAACUUCUCGUCUGGUAUCAUGACAGAUGGCGUAGAGUCUCGCAACGGGCUCAAUAUCACGGAUAAUGGGUCGACCUCAGUUCUUGAGUUCAACGUUUUCGAGGAGCAGCAAAACGUAGAUUCAUUUCUAAACGAUUGGGUCAAUUUGGACGAUUUCCUAAACUUUGAACCGGAUUCUGGCAAUUCUGGCAAUUGUAACGUUUUCGAAAGUCACCCGCAGUUUGAUUCCUGGCCCGAAGGAGCGGUGGAUGGAUUCGGGUGCAUCAGUGACAACACUCAGAACCCGUUCUCCUUCCAAAUUCCAGCGAACGACUUUGGUGAAGAUCCACUAUUAGGUGACCUGUUUUCCCCCAGCAUUCUUCUCGACCCAGUUCGUGCAGCAGGAGAUAUCCAAGGAUCAAGAACUCCUGGUUCUGAAGUUGGCGGGAGUGUGGAACGAGAACGCAUUGAUAUUGAGACUGAGGAAACACAAUGUAAGCGUGUUAGUGUAUCGAGUAACAGUUCAAUGCGCUACGAAGCAGCGAAAUUUUCGCGCCCCGAGAUCAACCACUAUUCAAACAUGGGACCUCCGCUCCAAACUCUCCCCUAUGCGGAUGAUCCAGAUGUACUUGAGAGUUCACUGUUGGUAGUUCCACCUGAGGUCAUGGAUGGUUCACCGCUGACAUGUGAACCUCAACGAUCACAAAACCGUGUUUCAACUCCAUCAAUUUCUUGGCCGGAAAGCUAUGUCGAUAAACGUGGAAAGAAGACACAUGACAACACUUCAGUUGAAAGCAAGCUCGAUCUCAGAAAGCCUGCUUAUGCUUCGCGGGCUCUUCAGUCUGUCGAAGCGAUGGAAGCGGGCCCGAACUCUUGGACCCUGCCAACAGAGCCAGUAGAGCAAGGUAGUGAAAUUAGCUCGGGUUCUUGUUCGAACGGACUUCGGAUUGAUGGUCCGGAUUGGACAAAAGGAAUACCAGGUCUUAAGAGAUUGAACGAAGACAGAUUUAAUCAACAUCUGAGUCUUCGAAUGCACGAUCGACCAGAAAUCUCUGCCGAAAGGAAGCCACACGCUGUCCCGCACUUUAGUACAAAGGUUUCGAAUCUUAACAAUGGUAGAACAGCGUUUGUUGUCGUUGAAGACACCAAUGAGACACAGCCAGAGGUCCAGGAAUUUUUGGCAAGAGCAAAUCAACCUUCCAAACCUCGGAAGGGCAGAAGAUCAAGUGACUCACCCUCACGGAAGGUUGAGACGACUUGGGAACACACCAUUCUCCCCAAAACACACUUCAUAGAGGCUGGAAAGGAAACACUCCCACGAGACACUUCACAAAAGCUUGGCCGAAGGACACGCCCUUUAAAAACAGAUACCAGGGCAAAGGCGAAAGAAAUGCGGAAGAUUCGGUCGUGUUUGCGGUGCAAGGUAGCAAAAAUUGCGUGUACCCCAGGUGAAAUUUGCAAUCCAUGUUUGAAAGUGCAAUCGUCAAUGCUGCCCGGCAAGAUCUGCGUCAGGGCUCAUUUGAAAGAUUAUUUGAACCUCUUUCUGCCCGAACGGGCAGUACGCCCAUUCCAACAGGCGUCAAUUGAUCAGGUGAUGGAGAACCAUAUUUCCGGAUUUGGCAGCAACGAGUACGAAGUCUGCUUGUCAUCCGGUCCCUCCUAUCCACCCAUUCCAGUUACUGUUCAAGCUUUUCGCACCAAAGAUCCAAGAUUUUCAAUGCUCAAGAGAUUUGUGCCUGAUGGCCGGGGUAGAGCGCCAGUUUUGGUCGAAUUCUACUCUCCUCCAUUGGGCAUCACCGAUUUUACCCAAGAUCUGGAAGGCAAACUCGGGAACCAUAUACAACUUAUCGUUGAAGGUGAAAGAAACGAGGGCGAAGUUUUAUACGACAACACAUCGAGACUGAUAUGGGAGGUUCAUGAAGCGGUGAGGUUGUACCAGCACGCUAAUCAAUCUAAUCAACUCCUUCGAAAAGCGCUAAAGCUCUACGCCAUGCAGUUUUUCAUGACGAAAACCAUUGUGCUGUUACCAGGCGAGUCCGACGCUGUCCUUGAACAUCUCCGCUCCCCCAGUGAGUUAAACUUGCAGAGACCCAACAUGCGUAUAAUCAGCAUUCAAAUCAAGCAUGUAAUGUACUCUUUGAUUCGCAAUACCUAUUCCGAAGUUCUCGAAGAGCUAGAGGAGAAUCUACGCCCGAAAGAUUUCGCCUCAUGGGCGCCUUCAUUCUGCUGCAUCUUGAUCCUGUGCAUGUGCGCCGAGAUGGUGCAAAUCACUACUGAUUACCGCGUCGUGUGCGCACUGGAUGAUAUGUCUAAGUCCCAGGACGGGCGAGAUAAGAAUGGAAAUACAGCUUCUCGGGACGAUAGCUUUGAUGUUUGCCACAAGCUUGAUGAUCUGUUUAUUGCGAGCGCCGAGAGCAGUUUCCACGUGAUGUACAAGUCGGCCAGGCUUAAGGAUAGCACAAAACGAGAACACGGGUUUAAUCCCAUACGCGAUGGACUAAGUUCCGUGAGAAAGGCUAAGCUGGGCUUAGAUGUGGAAGAGUUUGUGGGUCGGAUUCUUGACGUUGUGACUAAAUAUAAGAACGAACUGAAACAAGAAGCUACGAUCCCAUCUCUCAACAGAUCCCCAGAUAUCCUCGAAGUUCUCAAAAAUCAUAGUAUCUUCCGAAAGCACAACUCGGGACGACUUGUUUCCCGAUUUUUGCAAUCAAUGCUGUGAGGACUUUCCAGCACAUCAGCCGACGACUGCAGAGAGAUUCAAGCCGGUUUGAUCCUUCAUUGGGACUCGUCUCAGGGGAGUCGGGCACCUCCAACAUAUGGCCCCCAGACUGCAAGGAAGGACAAUGGUUGACGAUCUUCGGGCGUGAAGUUAUGAGCUAGAGGAGGGAAAUUCUAUCAGCCGUCCAUGUGCAUUUCCAAAGAAUUCACAGUGUGCUGUACCGUACAAUACACCUACAUGUUAAAGGAUAUCCAGGCACUUAAAAAUGAAUCCUUGGCAUAAUGAUUACAAGGCGGCGCCAACAUUCCUCGCCAUUCUUCCCAGAUAAAUUCCACAGCCAAGGAUUAGCUAAGUAAUACAUGUCG